AUGGCAGGCUCCUGGAGGCUCACACAGCAUCCACGCUUCUCCAUCAUAAUCUGUGUUUCUGCAGUUUUAAUACUCCUGCUCUUCAGCCAAGCGAUGAUCUCCAGACAACAGGAGGAGCGGCACAGGAGAGAAUUUGCUGACUCUACAGAAAUCCCGGCAGAGCACAUCGACCCUGCUGCCAUCGAUCUCACUCCGCUCGUCAAUACUUUAAUAAAUUCAAGCCACUCGGGCUCUCGGCAGCUCUUCUCUCUGCUCAGCGUGACGUCCUACAGCUCUCUGGCUCUGCACAAACUCACCCUGUUGGUCUACAACAUUUCCAGCAUGAGGAGUAUAGAAAGCAGCACGUUCAGGAGGAGAUUCUGCUACUGCGUCACAAACGACACCAACGAUUUAACAGAUUUUACAGCCAUACUGCUGGAUGUGAUGGGAAACUCAACAAGUUACCUGCAGGAGCUCUUUAAAUCCUCCUCCAUACUAUCAGUGAGCCAGAAGAAUAACUCAGACUGUAUCUACAUCUGCGUGAUGGCCGGUAAGAUGGGCAGAGAGGUGCCUGAGCUGUGGGAUGUCAGCUCCAUCACGCCGCUCUUCAACCAGACCAUCAUCGAAGGGCCGCACAGAGCCUUGAACAUCUCCUCCUUCCGACUCCCCGUCGAAUGGCACCAACUGCCCACCAAUCUGAGUCACAUGUCUCCGUCUGGGAUGAGCUCCGUGCUAACCAGCAGAGUCCAUUCAACUGCACAUGCUUCUCCAACAGCUGUGGAUGAAACAGCUGCAGCAACAGCGAAGGUCACCGCAGCUCAGCCACUCACAACAACUCGACAGCCGACAACCUUCACGCCUAAAAGUUACACUACAGCCAAAAUAACAGAGACGACACAACGAUCUACAGCACCAAGCAGGACAACAAAAGCAGGAACAACACAACGGGCGACCACACCGACUGUGGCAGCAUCUCAGAGCAGCCCUACAGAGGAAACAACUUUAUUACCAUUUACUACCUUAAAACAACCAACCAGCACCACUUCAUCAGCGCCGACUGCAGCAGCUCCGCCCACAGCAGCAGCUCGAUUAACCACAGUGCCAGGUAGAGCCACAACCUUCUCACCAGCGAUUAGUCUGACCCAGACACCAACAUCUAUAACCACAGCCGCCCACCACAUGAUGUCCACAGUUCAUCCCACAAGACUUUCACCGGCCCGAGCUUCAGCACCCACAGUAGCCAAGAGGACUUCAGGGUUUCUGAUUAGAAGAACUACAACUCCCAGCAAGGCAACAGAGAAACCAGGCUGUCCCUGGAGGAGGUCGGAGCUGACCGCCGAGUUCGUGUCCGGCAGCACGACCACCGUCGGCGCUCACAAGCUGCAGCCCUGCGUCCUCGAGCUGUGCAAGUUCUUCUCGCAGUGCCUGUGCAGACCCUUCAGCCACAAGACGCGCAUGAAAAGAUACUGUGACGACAGCCACCUCUGGUAUGAAAAACACACCUCUGAAGUGUGUCGGCGGGUCAGGAGGGUCUCCUUCUCCAAAAAUCUGAAACAGAGGUGCCUGACAAAGAUGUGCAAUAAACUGUGA